AUGGCGGGUGCGCGCAAUGCGUCGGCGGCCGUGCGCCGUCUGACGAUCGAGUACAAGCAGUUAACCAACGACCCGAACACGCUCUUCCCAGCAGUCGGUCCGAUUUCCGAAGAUAACUACCUGGAGUGGGAGGCGCUCCUCCCCGGCCCCGACGACACGCCGUUCGAAGGGGGGGUGUUUAGCGCACGCCUGACCUUUCCGCCGACCUAUCCGCUAGAGCCGCCUACGAUGCGCUUUGAGCCGCCCAUCUUUCAUCCCAACGUGUACCCCGACGGCCUCGUCUGCAUCUCGAUCCUGCACGCCGCCGGCGACGAUCCCAACAUGUAUGAGUCCUCUGCAGAGAGGUGGUCGCCGGUGCAGUCCAUCGAAAAGAUCCUGCUCUCGGUGCUGAGCAUGCUCGCCGAGCCGAAUGUCGAGAGCGGUGCCAACAUUGACGCAUGCAAACUCUUCCGCGACAACCACGCGGCGUACGAAAAGGUGAUCCGCGACCAGGUCCAGCAGCAGCUGGGGUUGUAG